UCGCUUCCUUCCUCCCGGUGCCAUUUUGAGGACGGAAGCCGCGAUGCCGUCUGUCUGCUGCGCGGUCGGCUGUAAGAACAACAAGUCUCAGAAGAAGGGGAUCAUCUUCUACAACAUCCCCAAAGACCCGGAGCGGCGCCUCAGAUGGAUCGCCGCCAUCGCCCGAGAAAACUGGAGCCCAAACAACAACAGCCGCCUCUGUAGCCAGCACUUUGUGUCAGGAAAGAAAAGUGAAAACCAGUUUGACCCAGAUUAUGUCCCGAGUUUGUUCCCCUAUCAGUCAUUGGAGCAGCAACAGAAAAUCGUCAACAGCUUCGAGCGAUUCCGGAGGCAGUGGGCCAAACGGAAAAGACCGGAAUACACAGAAAACAUGAGCAAUAAUAUCGAACAUAACUACUGCAAGCCCCCACCAAAAACUGUCUGCAAGGGCGCUAUUACCAAAAUCUUCAUGCCAAAAUAAACAAGUCAGUUUUCAUCAUGCUGGCCUCCUGUCACAUGACCCGAAAGGGGCGUGGCUAACUUGGAUAUCAGCUUUUCACUACUUUUUAGUGAAUUGUUUUAGAUCAAAAUGACAAUGGAGGGAUGGGCGAUAUUGACAGAAGAGAUAUGAACAUUUAUUUUUUACAGAGGACGAUACUCAAACAACAAAAAUGUGCUAAAAUGUGCCUUUAAACGUGAAUGUACUGUAAAAUUGAAAAUCACUUUAUAACUGUAUUUGAGAGUUUACCCUGUUUGUUUUUGGGCUCUUUUUGUAGCAUUUUUAGUUGGCAUUUUAAACUCGAGACAGAACCAUAGGCCGAUAUUUGCACUUUACACUUCGGCUGUCAGCCUUCAAUCUCCAGCAGAGGGCGAUAUUUAUUUUUCCCCAACCACCUGCCCAAAGAAUACACAUAAAGCUUUAUUUAAAGUCGAUAGGGGUGCUUGUAGUAAAGUCAAAUUAUAUCAUUUAGGGAAGAUAAUAAAAAUCAGCCCUAUAUAUCAGCCAAAAACAAUCUGUAUCUGCAUCAGACAUGGAAAAAACGUUGGUUGAGCUCUAUUAUAAACAAUACUUAAUAUUUUUAUUCUCUAUAUCCUUCCAUUUUCUUCAUAUCUCGUAUGUGUACUGCACUUUUUGACAUUGGCUAAGUUUGUACAAAGUGUCACGGGUCUUUGCCAAAAUUACUUCUUGAUAAAUAUUUUGAAUAGUCCACCUAAUGAUUAAUGCUUGAAUGUACCGGCCUGUGUGAGGGAGUAUUUCUUACUAUAACAGGGUCAAACUGCAGAUGUUUGUAUUUGUAUUUAAUAUUUAUUACAUUGAAAACUGAUGACUUUUUUUUUACUUUGUCAUUAUGUUUCACGAUUUAGUGUAACCAAUGUCAGUCCUGCUUUUGUGGCCAGUUUCAGUAUCAAUAUUUCAAACUUUAUAGCAAGGCCCAUGAAUUGAAGUUAAAGGUGCACUAUGUAACUUCUAAAGUGGAGGACCCACUACUUGCUUGUUGUCAUUGAGAUGUUUUUUAUUUGCAUGGAAUAUUCCACAGUACAAAAUAAAAUUUUUGUAACAAU